AGGGCGUGUUGCCAAGCCACGUCAGUUGCAGCGCCGCCAUAUUUGCCGGCUGUGAGGGACGCGUUUGUGGUCGUAAAACGUGAGAAGAUGAAUAUAUUUCGCUUAGUGGGUGACUUAUCCCAUCUCCUGGCCAUAAUCAUCCUCUUGCUCAAGAUAUGGAGGACGCGGUCGUGUUCAGGCAUCUCUGGCAAGAGCCAGAUUCUGUUCUCCAUCACUUACACGGCACGUUACCUGGACCUGUUCACAACGUUUGUGUCGCCUUACAACAGCGUCAUGAAGGUGGUGUUCCUGGCCACCUCGUACGGCACGCUGUACCUCAUGUACGUCAAGUUCAAGGCCACCAAUGACCGCAACCACGACACGUUCCGCAUCGAGUUCCUCCUGGUGCCCGUCGUUCUGCUUGCGCUACUCGUCAACCACGAGUUCACCCCGCUCGAGACACUACCCGGCGGCCAAGAGCGUGGGUUUUUCCAAGUGGUGUUCUCCCACGCCACCCUGGUGUUCAGGGAUCCCUUGGAGGUGCUGUGGACACUGUCCAUCUACCUUGAGGCGGUGGCCAUCCUGCCGCAGCUGUUCCUGGUCUCCAAGACGGGUGAGGCCGAGACCAUCACCUCACACUACCUGUUCUGCCUGGGCUCCUACCGGGCCCUGUACCUGCUCAACUGGGUCUACCGCUACUACACCGAGAACUUCUAUGACCUCAUCGCCAUUGUGGCGGGACUGGUGCAGACUGUCCUCUACUGCGACUUCUUCUACCUGUAUGUCACGAGAGUUAUCAAGGGAAAGGCACUGAAACUGCCCGCCUAGAAGCAAGCCAGGCUCCCGGCUGUCCAAAGUGCCGCCGCAAACCGCCCUUCCCACCUUCGAAGGAGGAGGAGCGAGCGCACAGACAACUUGGUUGCCGUGGACGCUUUCUGCAGUCACCCCCCUCGGCAGCCAUUGGUUGUGCUCGGCAGUUCCUUGGAUGCAUCCUCUGUUGAUACUGUUUUCUGUCUUUUUUUCCUUCUGAUGUCUUAACUCGCCCAUUAUUUUUUUUCUCUCUCUCUCUCUUUUUGUCUCAUAUGGACUGAAAUUCACACCGGCCCUGUGCUUCCCGACUCAAGUUUUUCUGUUUUCUUUUUUCUCCACCCUGUGUAAACAACUUCCUUUCAAAACUAGAAACUCGUUGGACGGGGUUUGCGGAUGGCUGCUUGGAGCGGCAUCUCCCUGUCGCCCCGCUUGUGAACGACUGCAAAGUGGUGACCAACUAGUGUGGCGAGAGUGCCCUUCCAAGAGGGCAGACUGCCAGUGUUUGAAGGGAGUACAUUGGGCCACAAAAGCUUACGGGAAAUCAGUGCCAGGACAAAUGCGAAUUUACGCUUCGUUAAGGCCUGACACUUCUAAUUUAAUGGAACACCGCGUAGGUCGUAAAGGCUACUAUGUAUACUACUCGCUGGAACCUUGAAUUCUAGGCUACGUGGCUAGGCUUCGUGGGAAUUCGUUUUUUUCCCCUCCCCUCGCCAAUUCUGCAUCCUGUAAACUUUUGUGGCCAACUGUAUGUGCGUGCUCGGAACCAACACUGCAGCAUCAAGGGUGGCUCCUCGUCUUUCUUUUUUUUUUUUUUUUUUUUUUUUUUUCCCCAAGCGGUUAUUACUACUAGUCCGUCGCCUCUGAGCCCGUGACCCGGCGAAGGUGGAGCAGGGCCGAACUCUCACGCCGCCAUCUGCAAUCCCUGCCCUUGGCUGUAAAAUGUGCGAUGAUGUGCAGUGGCUUUGUUUUGUAGACUAUCAAAUGCUUGCUUCAUUGAGUCUCUUGCCCCCAAGCCGAGCGUCUUGAAAGUCACUUGCACUUUUUUUUUUUUUCUUCUCACUGAGUGAAUGAAAGGGACAUUGGUGGCUCAUAAAGGGUCGUGUCGGGGGUGGCCGUACGACAUCUUGUGUACAGUCUUAGCGAAAAAGAAAAAAAAGUGUUCCUCUGUCUCCCUUCUUGCAAGCGUGUGGACGAUUUAUCAUUGUUGUUAUUACUGGUUAUAUACAUUUCUUUGUCCUUUAAUGACGAGUGCGUGUUUAAAGUAUGGGGAAAGGAGGCAGAUUUCAAAGUUGCAUAUGCGUGCUUGUCAAUGCCAGUGUUCGGUAACUGCCUACCGGAAGUAUAAUUGUGCAGGAAUGUAUCGGAAAAGGCGUGCAGAGCGACGCUUCGGCCCGAACGUCUUCAUUGCAGCAGCAUCGACAGCAUAUGUGUCUCUCACCGCCAGCUUCCUUUAUUGCCUUGCGACGUUGGAUCUUUGCACAUUUGCGAUCAGACGAAUGCACUUCAUGUCGGUUAAAGUAACCAUGAAUGCUUAUGUUUGGGCAACUCUGUCAUGCAGCUUUCUUUCGUCGUUUCACGUCGCACGAGUGAUUUCCAGCGAUGAUUCGAGCUCUUCCUUACAAAACCAGCGUUUAGUGCACCAGAGCGUGCCAGGAAGCGUACAGUAGCUGCCGUAGUACUCGCAGACCGCCUACCCGCUGCAACCAGUGCUGUUUGCAUGGUUUUCGUUAUCUUUUUAGUAGUUCACGUGUGUUGUAUGUGCUGGUGACAUAUGGUUGCCAAUGUAGGAAAGCGAAAAGGCGAGGCACAAAAAACUUGCGGGCUGUAUUUAAAUGGAGAAAAAAGUGGGUGCUGGGUUAUGGUUUCAAGCUGCCUGCGGGGGCGUUGCCGACCCCUGCGGAAGACGACGCAGCCAAAGUGACUCAUUGGAUCCCAUCUUCACUUCUCUCCUUGUCACUGGCGUGGAUUCAAGGCAUGGAUUGUGGUGCAAAUAAAACAUGGUUUACCGAUUUUGGA